AUGUGUAUGAAUCUAGUCAAGAAUAAUGAGGUAGGUUCCUCCCUACAUAGUCCUCGUAGUAAUCGCAUAUGCCGUCGUAAAGGAUCAGUGGAAAUACCCAUUCGUAAGCAGCCAUCAUCAUCAUCGCCGUCAUCAUCGGGUCGCCUAUCAAAAACGCGCUGUGCAUUAUCAGAUGAUAUCCAUACCAUCGCUCGUACGUUCAAGGCACGUAUGGCAAACGCUGUAUCCAAAGUGACUGGUACUGCUGCUACUACUACUACAUGCAACAAUGAACCUCAUAUGCAACCAUCCCCACCAUCCUCUGGUGUCGUCUCUUAUCAGCUCAAGAACAUGGAAUUGCUGAAACAGUACCUGAUUUUUCUUUCUUUGGAAACAACGGUGCGUCUCGAAAAACAAGACAACGGCAACCACGCCAUCCUGAUCGAUCCUCCUAAUGAGCGUCUACCUCAUCCGGGAGCAAGGCUAAUCGAGUCAUUGGUACACAACACGCCUUGCAAAAUGUCCAACACGCUUGAAGAUCAUGCAAGUCGACGACGUAUCCACUGUAUUUGCGAUCAUCCUACCAAAGAGCACGGCCACUUGAUCCAAUGCAACGAUUGUGAAUACUGGCUUCAUUUUGAUUGUUUGGGUAUCGCACAAGACACGUUGCCUAGCAACCUCACGUGCCCACAUUGUAUCUUGGCAUUGGAUAGCCUUGGUAUCCACCACCACCAAACACCGCUCAAACGUAUGGCAUGGCGAUAUGCAGCACGCUACAACAGCCAACGUAUUGCAGCCAUGAUCGAUUACUCUUCUUCAAGUGAAGAUGAAGCAUUGGAUAUAGACGAUGCCGAUGACGAUGGCGAUAUGAGUAGUAGUACGGCAAUUUCGAGUGAAGCAAGCACGCCUGAAACAUGCUAUUAUGGAGAUCAUAGACUUGAUACGACUACGACUACCCAUGCGUCUGCUGCAACAUCUAACCUUUUGAAAGCUUCCAUGGAUGUCUUGGCAGCCGAGCUAUCUUCAUCUCUAUGCUCUGGCAUAAAAGAUUAA